AUGUACCUGCGCACUCUAGCCAUGACCCGCCGCAAGAAGCGUACCACCAAGGCCGAAAACUUCGUCUACAGUCACGAUGAACUCGUAUUGCUCAUCAAAAAACACUAUCAACUGCUGAUUGACAUGGCUUACUUCGAGCCCGAGGAUGUCCGUUGGCCACCGGAGCCCGCGGGAUGGUCCGACGAAGACCUGAAUGUGAACGCCUUGCAAAUGUUGGGUCGCGACAUCAAGGUCAUUCAACUACUUCGACAUAUUCCUUAUCCCCGCAAAAAGAAUACCGAGGUCUAUUUCGCGUCCAUGGCUAUUUCCUACCUACAUGAGCACUGGCAGCCCGAAAACGGCCGCCGAGUCAACUGGCACAAGAGGUCGUUUUGUGCACUUGGCCUGGCGCCUUUUGACGGUCCAAUGCCACCGCAUCUCAUCACCCUGACUUGUGAGGAGUCGGAGAUAGGAAUCACUUGGGUAAUUGAUACCGAUCGAGGCUGUGUCUAUCCUCACGCGGAUGAAUACUACUUAUUCGACGACGAGCCUGCUGAGGUCGACGAACAGCAGAUGUGGUGGCUCAAAGCAAAGGCUCUCUCGUUUAAAGAGUUCUUUGACAAGAUUCGAACCCAGAUUUCUUCUUUAACACUUGUGCCGGCUCCUGCGGCGGGAGAUCUCGGGAAGAGCAUUUUGCAGAGCGGGGACUCUGGAUCGGAGGGUAUCAAGAACUUGUAUUAUGGGUGCGGCUGGCCAGGGCCUUUGCGUAAGGAGAAGUUCCUCCAGGAAGUUUUGUCAGUGCGUGAGGCCGGUAUGCAAGAACUAUCAAGUCAAUAUGAUGAGUUCCAGAACUCUUGA